AGGGUGCCGCGGGGCGCAGCGGGCAGGGCGGCGGUGGAGGGCGGGGGGUACGAACGGGAACCUCGGCGGUGCCCGGGGGUUGCUGAGGGGAUCCCUGAGGGAUGGAAAUCCAGCCAGGACUGAGCAGCCUGGGAGGCUCCAGCACCUCAAAGUGAUUUUUUUUUUUGUUUUUCUACCCCAAAUUUUCCCUUUAUUAUGAGCUGUCCCUCAAGGAUAUUGUUCUAGAUUUCUGCUUUUCCUGCCAUGGAGGUGCCCUUGGUGCUUCUCCUCACCAGGCUCGUGGCAGAAAUCGCUGGAAAAUCCACAGAAAACUCAGUGCCAGAGCCAGAAUGUUGUGUGGAAAUGUUGGAUUCCAACAGCUCCUGCCCCGAGAGCCAGCAGUGCAGCCCAGGCUGUUACCGGCGCUGGAACGAGGACGGCAGCAGCAGCUGCGUGCAGUGCAGGAACAGCACCGGGGGGCACUGCAGCAACGGCAGCCGAGGGAGCAGCUCCCCCCUGAACCUGAGCACGGCCACGCCCCAGAUCCAGAGCCUGGGGGGCCCCGAAGUCGCCGCCUCGUUGAUUUUGGGAACAUUUUUCCUCAGUUUGUUCCUGAUCCUUUCUGUGGCUUCUUUUUUCUACCUCAAACGAGCCAAUAAACUGCCCCAGGUGUUCUACAGAAGGAACAAAGCCUCUGUUCUCCAGCCCAGUGAAACAGCAUCCAUGAUCUCUCCUCCAGUUUCUUCAGUGCGGAAGCCGCGCUACGUCCGCAGGGAGCGGCCCCAGGGCCCGGCCCCGCCCGGCCCCGCCCCCGGCCCCGCCCACGGCCCCGGGCCCGCCCCCGCCCCCGGCCACGCCCCCGCCGCCAGCAGGGUCAGCAACGUCUGAGCUGAGUGACCUGUCCUGGGACGGGACAGUGGGGACAGCAACGUCUGAGUGACCU